GCCGCUGUCGUGUGAACACGAUCGCCGCCGCGCCUGCCAUCGUUCGAUUAACAGACGCACGGAGCCGCCAGCGUCAUCAUCGCCGAUCGUCUCUAUCGUCUAACGGAGUCGCCUUCGAAUCGCGCCGUCGUCAAAGAGGUGGAGUGCCCUAUAAAUCUUCCCCACGUGUUUCCUGAAGCUGAAAAAGCGCAAUGCCGAUGUGCAACUCGUCGUCGCCGUUGUCGUCGAGCUCGACUAAAUCGUGGCUCGUUCACGCUCUGGUGGCCGGAGCCGCCGUGGCCGUUGCUUUCGGCGCUCACAGAUACUUUCUUAGAUCUGGGAAGUUCCGGAGUCGGGUCAUCGGAAUCAUACCCGCCCGUUUCGCUUCCACUCGGUUCCCCGGUAAACCGCUCGUAGAUAUCCUCGGCAAGCCCAUGAUCCAGAGAACAUGGGAAAGGGCAAAAUUAGCUAGGGCAUUGGAUCAAGUUGUUGUGGCUACGGAUGACGAAAAGAUUGCUGAAUGUUGUAGGGGCUUUGGUGCUGAAGUCAUUAUGACUUCUGAAUCAUGUAGAAAUGGAACUGAGCGAUGUAAUGAGGCUCUUCAAAAGCUCGAGAAGAAGUAUGACAUUGUUGUUAAUAUUCAAGGAGAUGAACCGCUUAUCGAACCCGAAAUAAUAGACGGUAUUGUGGAAGCCCUUCAGGCUGCACCGGAUGCUGUUUUUAGCACUGCAGUCACUUCUUUGAAACCUGAGGAUGCAUUUGAUACAAACCGUGUGAAAUGUGUAGUAGAUAAUCGUGGUUAUGCAAUCUACUUUUCUCGAGGGCUUAUCCCUUAUAACAAGUCUGGCAAGGUUAAUCCUGAUUUUCCUUACUUGCUCCACCUUGGAAUUCAGAGUUAUGAUACGAAGUUCCUCAAAAUAUAUCCAGAACUGCAACCAACCCCACUGCAACUACAAGAAGAUCUUGAACAAUUGAAGGUCCUCGAGAAUGGAUACAGAAUGAAGGUGAUUAAAGUGGAUCAUGAGGCUCAUGGUGUUGAUGCCCCAGAAGACGUAGACAAGAUAGUGGAAUUCAUGCGUGAACGAAACUUGUCCUAGUAAAACUACACAAAACCGGCUAUUUGUGGAGUUACACCAUUACAUACAGGUUAAGAGCAUGUGUUUCACUGUAUAUCAGUAUAUCUUCUCAAGCAAAGAGUGAACUUCCCUUGUAUAAUCAGUACAUCAAUGUUUUUGAGUUCUUGUGGUGAAGUGAUGUCUGUCUCUUACUUUUUAUUUAUUAUUAUUUAUUUAUUUAUUUUUUUUUGAGAUUGCCCAUUUGGGUAAUCCUAGAAUUGGACCAAAAUAAGGUUUCUGUUUGUAAAAUUAAAGAUAAAUUUUAUUUUGUUUUC